AUGUCGCUCUACUCCCCGCACUCGCUCGUACACGCCCAUCUCCCAGCACUCCCAACGGUGCCGGGACCAGUGGCCGAGGUCUCGGUGCCGUCUGAGCGUCCCUUUGCAGACUCUACAGAGAUCUAUUCUGCUCCGCUCCACCCCGAUCACGCCGUGAGCGCCGCCUUUGAUCCAAGGACAGCCACCCUCGCCCGUGUUGUCCACAACGGUUAUGCUCUCGAGCUCCGCUCCCUCUCGCCAGUCGUCACUCGUGAUCGUACUAUUGAGGACCCCUCCAUCAUCCGCAUCCUCUUCCCCGACGCGCUUCGCCCCCUCGCCGACGGCUGCAUCGUGCCGUCGGUCCGCUUGGGGCAGCUGGUGAUUGUUGUCCUCACCGAGACCAACGUCAUCUACCGCUUGAGCUUCAACAUUCAGUCGUUCACGGACAGGGGUGACCGCGUUGUCUUUACCACCAAGGACGGCGAGUGGGUGGAGGAGUGGGAGAUUGACCCCGAUGUUCUUAGCUCCGUUGGCGACAUUGGCUCGUGGGCCGUCACAAACGAGGACACCGUCAUCCUUGGCUGUGCCGACGGUGGCAUCGUCAAAGCUGUCCGCUCGCCCUCCUCCAGUCCCGAUCAGCCCUUCUGGUCCGAAUCGCAGCACCGUGGCGCCUCGAGGUUACGGUUCUUCUCACGCGCGACCGAUGAGCUUGUAACUUCGAUUGCAAAGUACGAGUACCAGGACCAGAUCCCCGUGCUCUACACGUACUCGCGCGACUCAAAGCUCCGAACAUGGUCGGCCGUGACGGGCCAGUGUCUCAAGACGCUCGACGUCCGCAUCUCGUCCACCGACCUUAUCCAGAACGGCUCUGCCUCCAAGCUGGCGCCCUCGCACGAGGCUACUCCUUCUCUCAUCCGCGUCAUCGCCCACCCAUCGCCUUCCUCCCGCUGUUCGCACAUUGUGGUAGUCUUCGUCCCCACCCCUUACGACCCCUCCGUUCCAGGUACUUUUGUCUUUUACCGCGCUGCCAACACGUCACACGGUGCCAAUGACCUCGAAUACGCCGGCGAGCGUCCUGGCUCGUCUGGUUCUGCUGGCAGCGAGCUGCGCGGUUUCGAGAUCCAGCCACCGACUAGGAAGGAUGGUGCCGACGGCUGGCGACUGUGGGCUGUCUGGGACUCGAAGGGCACACUUUCGGCCGACUCUGUCCUCGUCAAUGACAUUCUCCAGUUUACCACGUACCACCAACCCCCAUCGCGUGCUCGUAUGGUUCUCGACUGGCAAAAGGCAUCGAUUGACACCCGUGUUGAGCGUUACGACAACACCUACUUUGACAAUCUCAUUGAUCUCGAGGCUGCCGACCCCACGGACCCGUACAACAACUCGGACAUUACCGCCCAGUUCCUCGCCCACCUCUUCUACCCGGGUCGUUUCUCCGAGCUCACUCUCGUCACGGCUCUCGACGAGUACAUUGACCAGCUCCCCCUUCCUUACCAGGACCGCCUGCACACCAGCGUCUACCCCUCGCUCUCGAAGCGCUUUGAGGCGGCUGUGGGCUCGGCCCUGCACAUGGGUACGAGCAGCCAGACCGGUGCCCCCGAGGUUGCCCAGUUCCGCAAGGACCUGAAGCAGCAGUGGCAGGGUAUUUGGGCUCGUGUGCGUGAACUGGACAAGCAGGCCCGCUGGCCCGUGGCGUCGUCGUCUGUCAACGGUCAGCUGCUCAUCCUUGAUCGUGACGGUGCUUCCGUUCCCAUCCACGAGGACGCGCCUGGCGUUCUCGUUCACCUCGGCCAGUCGACUAUGGAAGCUGGCGAGUUCCAGACCCUGCCUGAGGGUUCGCUCGUCUCUUCGUACCCCAACCUCGCUGCCCCCCAAGCCCGCCGCGCUCUGUGCGGCAUGGCCGUCGCUGGCGAGUCCUUGACUGCUGCCCUUCAGAACGGCGAGGUCGAGGGUGCCAUUGGAUCGGCUCUCGACGCCCUUGUUGACACUCUUGACGGUGAGCUUGCCGUCUGCCUUCAAGAGCCAGUAGAGAGCCUCGCCGGCCGUGUAUGGGACGAGCGUGUCGACCCGUUCCUCAAGCAGGAGGACCGUGACAACCUUCAGCUUGCCCUUUCCGAGUCGACCUCAGUUUCACGCACACUGUCCGACGCCCUGGACAUUCUUACCUCGGCGCCUCCUCCCAUGUCGACUGAGAAGGUUGUCGAUGCCUGGGCAUACUCUGGAUUUGGCAAUGCCCUCCUCACCUCGACCAUCAUGGCUACCAUUGCCGCUCGCCACACCUUUGCCCGUGACGUCCUCCUGAUUGCUCUCUACUACCUGUCUGUGUCCCCCGACUUGUCCUCUGAGGACGACGAGGCCGAGGAGCUCAUCGAGACUCUGGCGCGCGCACUGGCCGUGUACCACCGGUACCGCGUGCUGCAGUGGCUGUCGGAGCAGACUGGUGAGGAGGCCGCUGAGCGUGCGCGUGCGCGUCGCCAGGCGAAGCGCCUGCGUGGUAACGACGACGUUCUCGCCGAGUUUGACAGCCUCAGGAUGCGUGAGGGCGACGACGAGCCCACCGACGUUGACGGUUACGACACCGCUUACUCGCUCAUGCAUUCUCUCCUCGCUCGCGUCCUCCCCCAGCCUGUUCCGGUCGACACUGUUGCGCGCCUGUCCGACUCUGCGUCCGCCUUCCUUGGCCAGCUUGGCCUUUUGAAGGAGAACCAGAUCGACAUUGAGCCCCGCGUUCCCGAUGUCAAACUUGCUUACGCCGCUCUCGCCGAUGGCCACUCUAUGGUCGCACGCGAAAUGACCGAGCUGUACCCUCUCUCCUCGGGCCUUGCGUUUGUUCGAGGCCGCGCGCUCCUCGAGGCUGACGAGAUUGACGAGGGUGUUCGUCACCUCGAGCUGGCUGCUGCUGGAACCCAUGACGGUUCGCUCGCGGCUGUGAUGCCCACUUGUGUUGGCAAGAAGGGUCUUGGCGAGUACUACCGCCGCGUCAUGGCCGUUGUGGACGAGUAUGGGCUCGAAGGCCCCGUUGCUCGCUUUGGCACACUCGCAUUGCAAUCCAUUGAGUCUGGCGACAUCAAUACCCGCGACAUUUGGACUCGUGUCUUCCUUGCCUACAUUGCCCUUGGACAAUACGAGGACGCCUACUCGACUAUCACCAGUGCGCCGUUCCACAACAUUAAGCGCGACCUCCUUGGCCAGCUCAUCUCGGCCAUGUGCGAGUCCAACCAGGUCGGCCGUCUCAACCGCCUUGGCUUCAUUGGGUUCCAAAAGGACGUCGAGGAGCGCCUCAACUUCAAGGCGCGCAACUCGGACCCCCUCCGCACUCCCAACUACUACAAGGUGCUCUACUCUUGGCACAUUUCGCGUGGCGACUACCGUUCCGCUGGCGAGAUCAUGUACGCUCAGGGCCAGCGCUUCGCCGAGGCCAGUACUUCCAGGGUGUCUGCCUUCGAGCUGUCGGCCAUGCGCGCCCAGAGCUACCUUGCGGCCAUCAACGCUCUCGCCCUUGUCGACAAACGCAAUGCCUGGAUCUCGGUCAACUCUGCGCGUGACUCACAGCAGAGCCAAAAGCGUCGCCGUGUGACAAAGUACAUUCCCAACGACGAGUUUUCGAUCGAUAACCGCCCCGUCAGCAUUGUGACCCUGGACGACAUUCGUGGCGAGUACACUGCUGUCGUCUCGCAGCUCCGUCUCUGCCAGCAGAUUCCCGACCUGUACGACCACGGCGUCUCCCUCUCCUCUGAGGAGAUUGUGGGCUUCUUCACCCAGCGCUCCAUGUUCGACCAGGCCCAGUCUUCUGCGGCUGCCAUGGGCGUCGACAUGACCGACCUGUUUGCGACCCUGGCGACCCGCUGCGUCGAGCUCGCGCGCAUGCCCGGCGUCAAGCUCGACAACCCCGCCGCUGCCUUUUUGGCCUCGUCCCCAGUCACCGCUCGUCUGCGUGGCCCGCCCGCGGCUUUGGCGUUGCGAUACCUCCAGAUCGCCCUCGAGCGCCACGACUCGCUCAAGACCGAGUUCAAGUACACGGACACUGUUGCCGACGUGUUCUUCGGGCUCAACGAGGACGCCAACUCGGGCUGGCAAGUGCCCGCGUGGCUGGUGGACAGCGAGCUCUCGCGCGACCCCGAGGGAUGGAUCUCGCGCGCCCUGUCCUUUGGAUGGGUGCGCGAGGCCGUCGGGUGGACUGCCGAGGUGCUGUCUCGCGUCACGCCCCCAGACCUUAUCCAGGCCGACAAGCCCAGCGCCGUCGAUGUGCCGUACAACCUCAUUGACAGGGUCCUCGCUGCUACCGACGAGGGGGACGAGAAGACGGACCCGGCGACACAGGCUGCAUCGAAGCAGCUGCGCCACGCCGUCGAACUGCGUACCAAGGGGAUGAAGCGCGUGGCUAGGAUAGCAUGA